CUUUGAUCCAGACCUGCCCAUAGUUGGACGAUGUUUCAGUUUUGCUGCUCUUCUCGGGAUGCAAAGAGCAUUGAGAACGAGAAGAAGGACUUUGAUGAGGAGUUGUUGGACGGCUUUGCCUGGGCGGAGCGCAGCAACCUGCUGCGUUCGUCGCCCUCGAGCAUGCUCCGGCGGAAGCUGGACGGGGAUCUGGAAGUUUGGGUGCAUUUCUCUCCAGACCACUGGGCCAAGAAGAGGAAACCUGAGACGAGACCCAUGGAGGGGACUGGCCCCGCUUCUUCGAGCGUGUUGAGACCAGUCGACCCCGAAGCCUUUAACUUUACAAAGAUCAAUGAGCAGGAAGUGCUCAAAGACGCGCUGGAAGUGGGCAGCUGGUCGGUCUCCGUGUUGGCGUGUAUCUCUCCCUUGUGCUUUGGGCAUGUCCUCUUCGUCCCGGACCGCGCCAAGCUUCGGCCACAAGCCCUCACGACCGAGCUCAUCUCUUGCGGGCUGCAGCUGCUUACAGCAUCCAAGCGGAGUGACUUCCGGGUGGUCUUCAACUCCAUGUCUGGCUUUGCUUCGGUGAACCAUUUCCACUACCACGGCCUCUUCUUGGACCAUGCGGGCUUGAAGCGUUUGCCCGUGGAGUACAUGUCGCGCUCGCGCGUGGCCGGCGACCGCACAGAGGGUAAACUUUGCUGCGAACUGCUGGUGGAGAGCUGGUUUUGUCGAGGUCUCAUCCUCUCCGCGGGUGCCAAGGAAGGGGAGCCUCCUGAGGGUGCAGCCGAUUUGGAUGCCUUGACGGACUUUGCCGGACGGGUGGUGCAGUUCUUGCAGGAGAAGAACCUAGCGCACAACGUGAUGUUCGUGCCUUACCUUGGAGAGCGGAUCAAACCGCUCUUCGACCCCUACGAAGUACAAGACGUGCCUCCUCCCCGGGCGGCCUCGCCGGAGAUUUACAUCUUUCCACGGAAGCCCGAGGGUGACUGCCGCGAGGACCCCGGCUUCAACGCGGCCAUUUGCGAGAUGUCGGGGCUGCUCUUCGCGCAUGACGAGCAGCGCUUCAACAGCUUCGAUGAGGAUCAGGUGGCCGAAAUCUUUAAGCAGGAUGUCUCAAUGGAUGGGCAUGACUUUGACGAUUUGAUUUGCAAAGUCGCCUGGAUGAUACCCUAACAACUCGAGGACUUCGUCAUAGGCAUUUGGCAGAUGAAGAUCCGCUUGAGUGUGAGGAAAAGAAGCGCUUGCACGGACUUGCCGUGUGAAAAACUACGCCGACUUCUCCAAGUCUUGUCCAUGCAAAAGCCUCCAACUAUAGGGGUGAACUUCUCAUAAGUCUCGUCCUUUUCAAUGAGCUCCAAGCAUUUUCCAAAGAAACUGUCCAGACGAACCGUCCUCCAAUCGACUCCCCACCUCCUCGGCAGCCCAGUUCUCCAGUCUUUCGAGACGGAUCCCCCAGGUGGUGAGAUCACGACCUUAGAAGCGUGGCCUCGCCCUUGGGAGCGGGAGCUGGGCGGGAGAGGACGAAGAGCGGCCGAGGAUGGGGGAUGCAGCGACCGAGU